AUUAUUCUCUCUCUCUCUCUGUAUCUGUGUAUCAUCUUCUUCUUCCUUCUUCUUCUUCUAUUUCUAUCCACCCAAACAUCCACGUUUUCUUAUCCUCUUCUAAAAUGGGAAACGCAUUGCUAACCCUAACCCCAUGCUUUCACCAAAACCCUAAUUCUUCAUCUUCAUCAUCCUCAGUGAAGCUCGUGUUUUGGGAAGGAACCAUCAAGACUCUCACAGGCAAGAAGCACAUCGCCGGAGAGAUCAUGUUCCAGUUCCCGGAGAUGAUGGUGUGCCACGCCGACUCCUUCUUUAUCGGCCACCCUGUCCCGGCCCUCGCCAUCGACGAUGAGCUCAUGUUAGGGCAAACCUACUUCGUCCUCCCCAUCGACCGGUUCGGCUGCGGCGGCGGCGUCCUCUCCGCCUCCUCCCUCGCCGCCCUCGGUUCAUCCCCUAACCGGUCCCCGAUAAAGUUCGGACAGUGCCCGUUCGAGUACCUAAAGGGACCCAAUGGAAGGGCUCUCAUGAAAGUCAAUCCAGAGUUCAUCACGAGGCUAAUUGUUGAAGGAGAUCACAAUAAAGAUGAUAAAGAGAUUAUUGUUACUAAUGAUGAGAGUAGUAGUAGUAAUAAUAAUAACAACAUUCCAAGCAAGAGCUUCAUUUGUAGUACUCCGGAGUUGCAGAAGCACUAUGAACAACUUGUGAGGUCAAAGGAACAAGUUUGGUCACCUAAACUUGAGACCAUUUCUGAGUAUAAGAUCAGGUUUUCACCAUGCAGAUUCAUUGGAUUAGAGUGGAAAGAGAAAGAAAAAUCUGGGAGUAAUAUCUACUAGUCAAUUAUUAAGUUCGUUUUUAUACUAUAUAGUACACGUGUAUCAUAAAUUUGUGUAAAUGAUGAUCAGAUAUGGAAAGUUAUUGCAGAA